AUGGUGAAGUCUUACUUGCGGUACACUUAUGACACGCCCUUUGGGAUUGUGGCGUCUCCCGAGUGCAAUGUUGGCUAUGUGGACGGUUUAGUAUUUACUGGCUGUAAUGAGUCGAUAGGGGUGUGGGAUAGUUCGGAAGCAGUGUGUCGUAAGAAGUUGGCUCCUUUUGUGGAUACUAACGAAGAACUGGCUCGGUAUGAGACUGUAACGCAUCUGCAUACCAACUCAUUGCGGCCUGAGCUGGUGAUGGCGGGGUACGAAGACGGAAACGUGCGCAUUUGGAACCACAGACAAGGCACUGUCGAAGUGAAUUUUCACGGACAUCAAAGACCGAUAACUUGUAUCGCAUCCAGCUUGAACUGCGAACUGCUGGCAACCGCCGCCUCAGACCGUGAUAUAGUCGUCUGGGACCUCGAAAACCGCGAAGGGAAAUACCGGAUGCCAGGCGAGGCCAUUACGUGCAUGGAGUUCCUGUAUUCCGCCAUCGAUAGUCCAGCCGUCGGUAGUCCAGAGAGCGUCUGGUCUACGGAACCUACUCACUUGCUUAGUGGCGGACUUGACGGCUUCCUCAGGGUCUGGGACCUCAGCUCGCAGUCUUUGGUCGCAGCGGUCAGCACGCACGGACUCAAGGCCAUUCAUUCCCUCCGAGUCACUCCGGAUCAGGCGUACGUUAUUGUGGGGCUGGCGGGAACUACCGUUGAGGUCUUUGAGCUGAAGAACAACAACCCGAUAUAUGCUGGCACACUAUCCAGAUCUCAAGCACGACGUCAAAAAAAGGUUAACUCUAUCGUCAUCAUAGCUCUAGAGCAAGGGGAGGCGGGCAGUCAGGGAUCUUCUGGACAGCGACCAGGAGUUCCACGAUCGGAUGGUCAGACGGAUUUAGUCAAUUAUAAGAGGUUGCCGGACGGUCGUUGGAUUUCGGACUUGGGAGACCAGUGGUUGUACAGGGACUGUCGCCUUGUGAUAUUAUUGAGCGCGUUUUCAGAGCAUGUCGAAGUCAUUUUAAGUUACGACUUGAAACGACAGCAGGAGCGCGAAGUGCGCGCUCUGGCCAGAAGGCUAAGAAGAUAUCGACAGCAACUGGUCAAGCAACAGGCCGGUGAAGAAGUCAUGAAUGAGAUGAAAGCUCUGCUGGGAAAGAACUGGAAGAGCUCUCAGCUAGAGAACAGAAAGACAGACCAGUUGACCAAGGCAAUCGAACGUGUCCAAGAGUUUAUCGAGGUUAAAAAGGGGCGCACAGUGAAGAACAGUGGCGACCAGGGCAAUUCAGCGAGCAGUGGAACGCCAGACAAAAAGCGACCCUUGGAAGACCAACCCUUGGAGGACCAAGACGAAGACGCCAUCCGGGAAGCUCUUGGCGACCAGCAGGAUGUCAAGGACGCAAGUGCGUUCGGUGUGCGCUUUCGUAUGCUGGAGGAGACUCUGGAAACCGUCGGUCGAGCCCUAUGUUGUGUAUGCGGCGCUUCGAGAAGGAACCGCAAUGAAGUUGUUGUGAUUUUCUCCACUGCCCAAAACUGUCUGGAGAGGUACAUUCUGGAUCUAGCAGCCUUUUUCGUGAGCAAGGAUCUUUCUGCGAAAACUCUGGGGGAAGACCUUCCUUUGAUGACGCGUUGUGCUCUAGCAAGGUCUCUUCUAGGGGGGUGUGACUCCUUGGACGAGAGCGCAAGUUGUAUUGCCAUUAGUCAUAGCAAUGAUUUGCUACUUGCCGUAACCAAAGAUGGAAUUUCUCUUUGGGAUUUGAAACGUCAAAUCUGUAAUAUCAAGCUAAACAAGGCUGCCAAACUAUGGGACAAAGGCCACAAGGCUACCGCAGCAUUCUUCUGCGCUGGCGACAAGCUAAUGCUUGUCGGAGACACGCACGGAUCUCUCAACCUCAUCAAUCAUCAGGCUGCGCGCAAUAUAUACUCCUACACCAAUGCUCAUAAUAAAGAGAUAAAAGCUCUAGCUCUGUGUCCGUCUAAAACGGAGUUCGUGUCCAUCGGCGCACAUGACAAGACCCUUAAGUUGUGGCGGUUCGAAAAAGCCAGACCUGAAAAGAAGAACAAGGGCAAGAAGGGAAAUGACACCCAGGAGGAGCAAAAGGAAGAGGAUGAGAUGAUUCUGUUUAAAGAGGCCAAGUCGGCUGAACUACCGGAUAAGGCAACAUGCGUAGCUGUUUGUCAUAACGGCGAUUUUAUCGCUGUCGGAUUAGUCAACCACACGUGUGUGCUGCUUUAUGCAGAUAGUUUGAAAAUUCAUUCUGUUUUGUAUGGGCACUCUCUGCCGAUUACGGACCUGGAUUUCUCUUUGGACUCGUCAAGGUUAGUGACUGCUUCGAUGGAUCGUUAUCUGAAGUUCUGGGAUGUUAAGUUUUCGAAUUUGUUGAAAUCAAUGCCCGCUGGCCGCGAUGGAUAUCCAGCUGGCGUUCGAUUUGUAUUUGACGAGCUGGUGGUCAUGGCCGCGUUGACAGACGGCACUCUGCAGGUUUGGGACGCGCAGGUGGGUACCCGAGUGACUACGAUGCGAGCGGGGAAGGCGGACUGCAGAUGUCUAGCUUUUACGGCGGAGAGUGAAGAGUUGUAUAUAGCCACUGGUGCACGCACGAUUCAACGGUGGUACAAGACGGAAAACCAGAUGUUCUUGGCUGACGAGCAGGAUAAGGAGCAAGCGGACAUGGACAUUCGGGACGCAGCGCGUUCCGACAAAGGCCUGCCCACGAGUGGCGCGAGAGACGUGGUGGUUAGCUCGAGAGCGACGGUCAAAGACACGCAGUCGGUCAAGUCGUUGGAGCGGUUGACGCGUGUGCUGGAGGACUGCGCCAACGACGGACCCUCUGCCAUUUACAAGCUCAUGGGCAUCAGCGCGAACGAAUACCUGCUGCGCUCGCUAGCCACCAUUCCCGCCGAAAGGCUCACGGAGGUGCUUAUUGGCUUACCCUUCACCAUGGCUAAAAACAUCCUCCGUGUUGUGGCCGACGAGCUCGCCAAGUACCGCCAACUCCUCAAACUCAAACCGUCCACCGGCGCUCUGGUCAUGAAACGGGUCGAAGCGUUCAUCAAAGUUUGCCUCACCAUUAUCCACGUCCACCGGAAAUAUCUACUUACAGACUCCGCUGAACGCCACCUCGUCCAAACCCUAGCCGAAGACACCCGCGCCCUGAUCAAUCACGGUCUAGCCGUCACUCGUAGAAACCGAGUCGUCUUCAACUUCCUCGCACAACCCACCGCUUAA